AUGGUACUCAUGUCUAAAUAUAUUCUCUUUGCGAUAUUACAAGGCGCAUUUAUACUUCUGUCUGUUUUGGUUCAGGCUCAGGAUCAAGCAGGCUUCAUUAGCAUAGACUGUGGGACAUCCGGCGACUCUAGCUAUACGGAUGAAGAAACGGGCUUCACUUACCUUUCAGACUCGAACUUCGCAGAGACCGGUGAAAAUAGAGACGUCUCAGCUGCGUACAAAUUGCUAACAGAUGAAAAGCAGUUGUGGAAUGUUCGAAGCUUCCCUGAAGGAACAAGAAACUGUUACACGCUCAAACCUUCGCAAGGCAAAGAUACUAGGUACUUGAUCCGAGCAAGAUUCAUGUAUGGAAACUACAAUAACGAAAGCACUGUCCCAGAAUUCGAUUUAUAUGUUGGAGCUAAUCUAUGGGAUAGAGUAGUAAUUAAGUAUUCAUGGACCAUCAUAAACAAAGAAAUCAUAUAUGUCCCAUCGUCAGAUUAUAUACAUGUUUGUCUAGUAAACACAGGUUUAGGGGUUCCAUUCAUAUCGGUCUUAGAGUUAAGGCCUUUGAACAAUGAAACUUAUGUGAGUACAGAGGGACCACUACAACUCUAUAAGCGCUAUGAUUUUGCUUCAUCAACCGAUCGGGUAGUGAGGUACAAAGAUGAUGUUUAUGACCGUCUAUGGUCACCCUUCCAGACAGAUAUCUGGAAACCAUUAAAUACAUCUCUUAAGAAUGAUACUUCCAUAUCCAAGAACAGUUACGGAGUCCCGUUCGCGGUCAUCAACACUGCAUAUACACGAAAUAGAAGUACUAGUUACAUGGGAAUCUAUUGGAGCUCCACAAAUAGAAACUCUAAAUAUUUCUUCUACAUGCACUUUGCAGAACUUGCGAAACUAAAAAAGAACCAAUCUAGAGUCUUCAACAUCUAUAUUAAUGGGGAAUUAUGGUAUGGACCAUUUUCUCCCCCAUACUUGAGAGAAAGCACCAUAUAUAGCUUCUCGGCCAUCGAAACUGACAGUGAAGGAAUGAUAAAGAUUUGGUUUAAUAAAACCAGAAAUUCAACUCUACCACCUCUUGUAAAUGCCAUGGAGAUUUACAUACUAAAGGAGUUCUUGGACCAAGAAACAAAUCAAACAGACGUUCAAGCUAUUUUGAAUAUCAAAUUGGAGUAUGAACUGAAGCGAAACUGGCAAGGAGAUCCUUGUGCCCCUAAAGCUUACUCUUGGGAUGGUCUUAUUUGUAGUUUCGACACCACCAAUCUGCCUAGAAUUAUAUCCUUGAAUUUGUCCUCAAGUGGUUUACAAGGGAAAAUAUCUCCUUACAUUGCGGAUCUGACAAUGUUACAAUAUUUGGAUCUAUCAAACAAUAGCCUAAGUGGGAGAGUGCCCGAAUUUCUUGCUGAACUGCCAUCGCUUACGAUUUUAAACUUAAAAGGAAACAACCUCACGGGUUCAGUUCCGCCUGCACUUCUUGAAAGAUCAAAAAACGGUCUAUCACUAAGUGUUGAUAGCUAUUUGCUCGGAAAUGAAACUUCAUCUCCACCCUCAAAUAAUACUUCUUCAGCUGAUCCGGGGUACUCAUUUGGAAAGAACAAGUUUGUUCUUCCACUGCUUGCAUCGGGAUUUUACAACCUGAAAGAAAAUUUAUACAAAAAAAAAAAUGAAAAUUUUCGAACAACAUACAACCUGAGGGAGGAUGAUUCCGGCAAGCUCUGCCGCGCGAACUUGUCAUGGUUUAACAAAUUAAAUAACAACGAAGCUGUCUUUAGCAAGCAACAGCUACAUCACAACCGUAUCACAAAGUCAAAUAUCUCCCACUUGUGA